AUGACAGAGCUUAUGCGACAUCCAGAAUGUAUGAAGAAACUUCGAGACGAGAUUUGUUCCGUUUCAACGCAUAAUUCAUAUGUGAACGAGGGUGAUGUUGAGAAGAUGAGCUACUUAAAUGCUGUAAUCAAGGAGACACUUCAUUUACAUCCUCCACUUCCAGCACUAGUCCCCCACCUAUUAAGCGAAGAUGUCCGAGUAAAAGGAUAUGACAUUGCUGCAGGCACACAGGUGAUGAUUAAUGCGUGGGCAAUCCAACCAGAUCAUGCCACAUGGGGACCAGAUGCAGAAGAAUUUAAGCCAGAGAGACAUUUAAAAUUAUCUUUGGAUUUUCAGGGACAAGAUUUUAAGUUCAUUCCAUUUGGAUCAGGGAGAAGACUAUGUCCUGGAAUCAGAUUGGGAUUGGUAUUGGUUGAAGUGACAAUAGCAAAUCUUGUGAAACGGUUUGACUGGAGAGUCCAGGUCGGACCAGAUGGAGUUGAUAAACCUGAUCUGGCCGAGGCAGCUGGUAUAGAGGCAUGUCGCAAAUACCCACUUAUUGUCUUUCCAUCUUCUGUUGUAUUCCCCAUUUAA